AUGGCUUCCUCUUCGGUGAAGGCCAUAAUGGCAAAGGCGGUGACAACGUCCCCAACCUUCUUUAGCGACAGCAAUUCGGUGAAGGGGCGCAAAGAGCAGAAAGAUGCGAUUCGGAAGGAGCGGAAGGAGCGUGCGGCAACUCUGUCUCAGUGGUACGGCAUGAAGAAAGUAAAUCUUGGCGCGGAGGAGCGACGGGAGCUGGAGCUGUUGCAGUUCCGCAACUUCAUCAACCCGGAGCUGAAGCACCAGGCGCCGAAGAAGAGCAGCACGGAGCAGAGUGAGUUUGUGGAGUUUGGCUUUUUUGCCGGCACGGGGCGAAACAAGAGACGCCGUCUCAAGUCAUUUGCAGACGAAUGGAUUGCAGAGAACCCCGAGUUGGAGCAGGUCGUGGCAAGGCGACUUAAGCGAAACGUGCGGCUGAACCGCAAGACAAAACAAAUUAUGGCGAAGAAGGCUGCGAGAGAGGCGGCUCGUGUGAAGGCCACAAAGUCUUCAAAACGGUUCAAAAAGAAGGGCAUGAUAUUGUGA